UUUAAAUACACAGCAAACUUUCAUUUUUCUUAGCAGGAAAUCAUCUUUCUGCGGAUCUAUUUUCAAAAGUUUUUAUUUCUUUAAGCUUCUGACUCUUGCAAGAAAAACAAAUUAAGACUCAAAUGUCGAACAUCAGUUUUCUGGAAUUCCAGUACAAGCUUUCAAGAAGCAAGCUUCUGCGAAGGCCAUCCCGAUUGUUUUCUUCCCGGAGCAUACAAAGCUCCAGCAAACUACCGGCCAUUCUCCAGCCAAAUCUAAGCGAGAUGAGGCAGAUUUUCAACAAAUUUGAUACAAACAAAGACGGAAAAAUUUCUCAGCAGGAGUACAAGGAAACACUGAGAGCUCUGGGACUGGAAAAGAUGACAGAAGAAGUGCCAAAGAUUUUUCAGGUGGUUGAUUCAGAUGGAGAUGGAUUUAUUGAUUUCACAGAGUUUGUUGAAGCUCAAAAGAAGGGUGGAAGCAUCAAUAUCACAGAUAUUCAGAGUGCUUUUCAAGCAUUUGACUUGAACGGAGACGGGAAGAUAACUGCUGAGGAAGUUAUGGAAGUGUUAAGGUGUCUUGGUGAGAGAUGCAGCCCGGAAGACUGCCGGAGAAUGGUCAGGGCAGUUGAUGGUGAUGGUGAUGGUAUGAUUAACAUGGAUGAGUUUAAAACCAUGAUGACACAAACUUGAGACUUUGAUUAGCCAUGACUGAAAGUGCUUGCUCUGUUAUGAUGAAAAUUAUGUAAUACAUCCUGAGUAUCACUUCACUUACUAAUUAUAUUAAUAAAUUGGUAGUUAAUUAUAUAUUUUAAUAAUAAAAUAGUAAAUACUUUAAUUUUAUUAGUAGGAAAUAUCAUGUUAUUCCUACCAUGUGAUACUCUAAAACCACUGAAUACUUAUAAGGCUUCCUUUUGCUUGUAAUCUUAUUUAUUUCAAAUGAAUUGCAACUUCUUAUU